UCAUUGUCGUUGCUUGCUGUACUUGUAGCUGCUCGCCGUUUGCUUCAAUAACAACACCCGCCGCUGUAACAGCGUGGUUUACCUUUAAGAUCAGCCUGGAUUGUCUUGAAAUUUCUUCUGACAACGUAACUAUUAAGGCUUUGACAUUCUGGAAGGAGGCUUUAUGUAAGGCUUGAGCAAAGAGGCAUCAUGGAGGAAGAGGAGCACUUUGUGAACAUAGACCUGAACGAUGACAACAUCUGCAGCAUCUGUAAACUAGAAACGGACACAGGAACGCUUUCCUUCUGCCAUGUGUGCUUUGAACUGAGCAUUGAGGGUAUAUCCAGCGCCACCCUGCUGCACUCCAAGUCUCUACGUGGGCAUAGGGACUGCUUCGAAAAGUACCAUCUCAUCGCCAACCAGAAGCUCUCCCGUGCCAAGGCCUCUCACAGCGCAUACGAGGGCGUGAAACGGGCCCUCAGCCAGCGGAUCAACCGCAUUAUACAGUACACCCAGAACAGAGACCCCUUAACCGCAGAGACACCCGGGCGCUGGGGGGCCAAACAGAUUCUGUGUCACUCCCAGCAGGGCGGUAGGAAGCUCGUGCCUCAGUCGGAUGCUCAAGUUCCCCGCUAUGCACCGCGAUGGGCGGAUGAGGCGUCAAUGGCAGUUUCGGAGUAUGGGAAAUCCAUGCUGGACUGCCACUCCGCAGAGGAGCUCGGCCUCGACCUGCUGCAGGGACCACGCCAAGGAUUAUGGGCUGGAGAACAGCAGAACCGAGAGCAGAGCAGACACAAAGGACACAGCCGAGAAGAACUGGUGAUGAUGAGUGUGGAGGAGCUUCACCAGCUGAACGAGCAGAUGCUGUUACAGAUACAAAAUGUGUUUGAGGAGCUCUCUGUAGCUGUGCAGGAGAAGGACUCUCUUUCAUCAGAGCUUCAUGUACGGCACAUAGCCAUAGAGCAGCUCUUCAAAAACUGUGCCAAGCUGCCGUGGCUCCAGAUCGGGCGAGCCGGGGUCAAAGCUAGCAACAACCCAGUGGAAUGAGACCUUUUUUGGGACAACUAACUGAGUCCCCCAAAGACCAAAAAGAAACCGCAGCUCCAAGCAGACUCUUGCGGAAGCUCAAAGCUCAAACGGACCGGAAACGCACACACUGUGCUAAUGAGUUUGAAGUCCAAACUCAUUAAUGAGUUUUAAUGAGUUUGAAUCUUCAGCAGGACUUUAAGAAGCGAAGGCCUGUUCAAAGUGUUUCUAUGCAGAAUGAGGUGUUUUUAAAACCUUAGAAAGACUCUUUUCAUUUUCAUAUGUUGCUUUUUCCUCCUCAUAUCACUGUUUACUCUCUACACUUGAUCAUGGGUGGUUAAUAGACUUGGAUCAGUCUGACAAUGUUCCUCCUGCACAUUCGGGCUCGCUGAUUGGUUGUGGUGUUGCUGUGGUAACUGUUGCUUAGUUAACAGUUUUUUCCUCCCUAUGCUCAUUGCAGUGGAACUUGUUAAUGACUAUGGUUGUUCUGUUACUCUUUAUUUCUCCUGCAUAAACGCUUUAGAGGAAGUUUACAUUUAUUUUAUUGCACUCUUAAAGCCGUGCUCUUCAAAUUGGUGCAUCACAACAUUUCAUGGGAGUUUGGACAUGAGCGUUUCAGCUGGAAUGGUUAGUUCACACGUUAAGCACAGGCCUAACUUGGAUUUAGUGUUUGGAUUAAUAUUGGAACUGUACGAAUGCUUAACCAAAGCCUUUGUUACCUCAAGGUAACCAUUUCAGUAUUUAUUUUAUGACAAUUAUUUGCUUGCUACAAAUAUUUAAAACCAAAUUUGAGGUUUGUUUUUUUUUUAAGUGGUUUUCUUUUCCGUAGUGUUUAGAGGUUGUUUUCUUGUGGUAUUAUAGCAUAGUUUCUUACAUUUAAAGUGAAAGUACAGUCUGCCUUGAUUUUAAUCAGAUUGUGUCGCCAUCUGGUGGCCAUUCAGAGAAUCCUGUCCACUUGCUGCCCUGAAGUGUGUGCAUGGUUCUGUGUCUAUUAUUAUUGUUCAAUGAAGUCUAUUAUCUCUAGAAUCUUUAAAAAAAAAUGUAAAUCUCGACAUUGUUUUAAGAAAUCAGCUAGGUAUUUUGAAUUAUCCGUUCUCUUUAUAAGAGAGAGAUGCACAUUCGACUGACCCCUCUGGGGGUUUCUAAGAAUAUUUUAGUUUCUAUGAGUGAGUUAUCCAUCAUUCUGGUUAUGCUCUGAAAGGUAAAGUCAGCAAAUUAUAGCUGUGAGUUAUUAUGGAUGAGUUGUGGGAAAGAAGCAAUAUGUGUCUGAAGUGUCAGCUUUGGUUUUAUGCAGUAUAAAAGCUUUCUUUUAUGAUUCACUCUGUGAUUUGUCACAGGAUCAAAUGAAAUGAAGCACACUGUCCAAAUCGUUGUGUGCUGUGGAGAUACUGAAUGAACUACGUGAGCUGGAUGAGAUUCAUGUUUGUCUUGAGUGUGUUGCAUAUGUAGGCCAUAUGUUAAACUUAUGUUGUUCUUUUUCUCUUCAUUCAUUAUUGUGCUAUUAUUUUGCUUUUUUUUCCAGUGGUCUGUGUUAUGUGACAUUUUAAAGUGGUUUAUGCAAUACUGUUUUGUUAGUGUGGAUCUUCCCAUCAGUGUGGACGAUUUCUGGAUGCUUUUGUUUGGAGUGAUGUGUACAUUUUCUUUAAGGGAAUGAAUAUAAUAAUAAAAAUAUUUUUCCUAAA